AUGGCGAGGAGAAAACAGAGAGAACCCAGGAAAUCUGCAGCCUACCUUCCAAUGGUCGAAAUUCAAUCAGCCACUUUGGAAGACGAGCGACUUCAAGAUGAGAGUAUUGCAUUAGAUGACCAUGAAGAAUACAUACUCCAUGAGGAAGAGGAUACAAAAGAGUCUCUGAGAUUCCAGGACUCCCCUAACAGUAAUGGCACCAACCCAGAUCCUGGCUAUCUUUCCCCACUCAGUGACACCAGCGAUCAGAUCCCUGAUUUUAAGAGCAUUUCUUCAAAAGAAGGACAUGAAGAGGACGAAGCACAGAGCAGCUCGAAUAACAGCAUUCUGGAUAACCUAGCUCGGACAAAAGCCAUCUGUGCCAGCCUGAUCUCUGAUACCUCCUGGUCCAAUGUCGUGAUGAAUAUCAUGAAAAGCAGGUCAACUACAGCCAUGACCAAUACCAAUGGCGAUAAGAUUAUUAACAGACCAAUCAAUCACAAUGGAAAUAUCCUUAAUGGAAAGCCAGAAAGCAGUUCAAACGGCUGCACAAUUAAUAACUGCAACAUUAAGGCUUCUAAUGGUGCUAGUGUAGUUUAUGAUUGGCAUCAAGCCGCUGUAGCUAAAACACUCCAGCAAACUCAUCACCACUUAUCACCAGAGCCAAGCUUGUUCAGCACGGUGCAGCUCUACCGACAAAACCACAAACUCUAUGGCUCCCUUUUGACUGGUGCCAGCAAGUUCAGGUGCAAGGACUGCAGUGCUGCAUACGACACACUAGUAGCUCUUACAGUUCACAUGAACGAUACUGGUCAUUACCAUGAUGACAACCAAGAGAAAGAAGAUGAGAAUAAUGGCAAACAAUGGUCGAAGCCUCGCAAGCGUUCAUUGUUGGAGAUGGAAGGCAAAGAGGAUGCGCAGAAAGUACUGAAGUGCAUGUUCUGUGGCCAUUCCUUUGAGUCUCUACAGGACUUGAGUGUCCACAUGAUUAAAACUAAACAUUACCAGAAAGUGCCUCUUAAAGAGCCUGUGCCAGCCUUGACCACCAAACUGGUGCCACCUGGCAAAAAAAAAUUCCUUCAUAAUUCCCUAAUUUCCCCUUGUUCCCCAAAGUCAGUGACAUGUUCUAGCAGAGUGGCUUCAGUGGUUCAAAUGAAGGGCACUGUUAACCCUUAUGUAACAGCAAACAAUCGCUAUGGCUAUCAGAAUGGUGCAAGUUACACUUGGCAGUUUGAGGAGCGCAAAGCACAAAUUCUGAAGUGCAUGGAGUGUGGAAGCUCCCAUGAUACACUGCAGCAACUCACAGCCCACAUGAUGGUCACGGGUCACUUCCUGAAGAUCAAAACCACUGCACUGAAGAAAGGAAAGCAGCUAAUGUUUGACCAGAAUAUGGAGGAAAACAUACAGUCAAUUCCAUUACCUCCUACCACCGAUGUUCUUAAAUUCCAGUCAGUGUCUCCUGCACUAUCUUCUGGUUCAGAGGCCAAGAAGGAAAUGGAAGAAGGUAGUGAAUCCAUGGAGAAAAAGAUCAAGGAGGAGAUGGAACAGAUCAGUAUGGAUUCCACAUUAUACAAGUACCUUAGAGAGGAAGACCUUGAGAAGACUACAGAAGGAGGGGUAGACAUUCUGAAGUCUCUGGAGAACACAGUGUCCAGUGCCAUCAGUAAAGCUCAGACAGGUAUGCCCACCUGGGGAGGGUACUCUAGCAUCCAUGCUGCUUAUCAGCUUCAGGGACCUGUAAAGCCAUCUAUACUUCCUCCAGUGGUUCAAAGUGUGCAGAUAAUCAACAACAGUAACCUUCAAUCACUUGACCCUGAUCCUGGAUCACCCACUUACACGCCCCCCAGACACUCAUUGCCUCUGUCUCUCAGGAACAAUGGAUCUACCAUGGAGGAGCUAGUGGAGAAGGUCUCAGGAAUGACCUCGGUAAAGAAAGAGAAGGAAGAAAGAACGGAGAGUGCAGAUGCGGCCAAAUCAACAUUACUGUUACUGAGAGGAAACAAAGUUCGUGUUGAUACAAAGGCCAAUGGAAGUAUGUGUAAAGUGGAACCUAUGGAGAUGUUAGUAGAAAGCCAGAAUAAGAACCAUUGUCUCGAAUUAGGCAAAUCACCCACUGAUAAUGGCCACAGUUUUAAAUUGGUCAAUGAUCAUUCAUCUGAGAGGCCUUUUAUCAGCCCUCUUAAUUCACUACAGUUAGUCAUGAACACACACCUUCCCAAAGCCUCCAAGGUGGUCAGCUCCUCCUCUGAUACAGUCUCUAUGUUAUACAAGAUGAGCAACAAGGUGGUAGACAAAACCGCCCACCAUUCAUCAUCUGGGAUGCUUGACACAGAUUUCUACAAGGGCAGUGACCAGCCUAUAGAUCUGAGAAAAUGCAAAAGCAAUCCUCUAAACCUAGGUGAAAAUGCCCUUACGGACAUCUCAGACAUGGUAAACAGCCUCACUAGUCAGCUCACUCCUGAUUCCUCCACUCCACCAUGCCUUUUAGCAAACUCUGACACUGAUGGAAUUUCCUGCGAGGAUCCAAUGGAGAAGAUUUCUUCCACACAGAAGCCAAAAGGUCGUCAGUCCACCUGGAACCCUCAGCAUCUUCUCAUUCUUCAGGCUGAGUUCGCUUCCAGCCUAAGACAGACUCCAGAAGGUUGCUACAUUGUAACAGACCUGUGUCCUUAUGAACGUGUGAAAAUCUGCAAGUUCACAGGUCUUUUAAUGACCACCGUUUCACACUGGCUUGCUAAUGUGAAGUACCAAUUGCGGAGAACUGGAGGGACCAAGUUUCUGAAGAAUCUGGACUCCAGGAAUCCAGUGUUUCUUUGUGGAGAGUGUGAUUCAAAAUUCAGGACUCCUUCUGCUUACGUUAACCAUCUGGAGUCUCACCUUGGCUUUAGCCUCAAGGAAAUGUCCAGCAGGUGA